AUGGUGCAGUGGCUAGAUGAACUUACCGAACCUGCCGACGUAUGCAAGGGAAUUCUAAUGUGCUACAGUAUCGAUCAGCCGCUCUACCACGACUUGGUGGCAAUGGACUCUCGUGUACGCCUGUACCAAGGACUGCCUACAGACGCUGACAUUGAGACGCUCCAGACGCCACACUUUAUCGUAAUUGACGAUCAGUGCACCGAGUUGAAGCGCAACAAGACUGUAGUUGACCUCUUCACUAAAGCUGCCGAUCGCAGGCUAACUGCUAACAUUGACUUUCUCAAACGUCUUCAAAAGUCGAAAGACACGAAGCGGAUUCUGAAGAAGGCUUCUUGUAGUCAACUGGGCUGUCUCAUCGAGUCGAUGCACAACGUUAACAAUGGAAACGUACCUUUGCACAAGUAUGAAGUCCGCAAGCUGAAACGACAUCUUGGCACGAUUGACGCAUUGGCACGACAGCGUCAGGCGACGGCAUUCUGCCAUUCAUUCUACCUGCACUCAUCGAUCUGGCUGCAAGAUUCAUCUUCAAUGUUUCGUAAAAUGCGACUAGUUCCCUUUACCCCUGGGCCUACCUCAUCUACUUCUACUACUACCCCUCCAAUUAUUAAAGGCGACGGUGCUCCUUUCACUCGUUUUACUCAAGAUGAUGUCGAUAAGCAACGGCUGCAGGUGCUCGACCAGCAAAUGCAGCGUACUCUAAACGACAAACGUAUCCCCGACAACGUCAAGACACCCCUCUACAAUCAGCUCCUUGCCGUGUUCACUGACCUGCUCGCCGAGUUGCGCAAGCGUCACCCUCAAACUAAACGAGAGCCAUCUCCCGAUCGAUACCCGAUGCCCACUGAUCUGACGUAUCCAGAGCCGGAGCGGGAGCCAGAGCCCGAGCCUGAGGUGGGGCCUCCACCGAAGAAGAAGGCUAGGCUGAAGGCAAAAACCAAGCUCCCCAUCGUCACGCCUUCGCCACGUUUGCUGCGCAGUGGCAAAAACUUUGGGAAGGAAUUUAUUGCAGAGCUGAACAAGAGCUUCCCACGCGUAGAGUCAGUAAAAGGACGUCUGAUUGACGGAAAACUGGUGAUGGACGGUGAAAUUGACAGGAUCGUCACUCAUCUGAACUCUCCCGUGAAUAGACGGAGAGGCACACCUGUACAUCUCGAUCACGUGUUUGACGCACUCGAGCGCGCUAGCCCGUCUUCCCCAUUCAGCGCCUACUACCACACACCCGGCAACGACGACUUUGAAGAGGAGGUCGUGGACACUUCGCGUACGCCCCGCUAUCAGAAGACGCCUGGUAAGAAGGAGAAAAAGUCAGACAACCUAUUCACACCUCGAAACUACUCUACAAGGCAC